AUGUCGGUCGUCUCUCUUCUUGGUGUCAAGAUUGUUAACAAUCCGGCUUCCUUCCUCGACCCCUAUAAGUUUGAGAUCACCUUUGAGUGUCUUGAGCAGCUCCAGAAAGAUUUGGAAUGGAAACUGACCUACGUCGGUUCUGCGACAUCCUCCGAAUACGACCAGGAGCUUGAUUCCCUUCUCGUAGGCCCCAUCCCCGUCGGCGUCAAUAAGUUCCUCUUCGAGGCCGACGCACCAGACCUGAAGCGAAUCCCUACGUCUGAAAUCCUCGGGGUGACGGUCAUUCUCCUUACAUGCAGCUACGAUGGCAGAGAGUUCGUUCGAGUGGGCUAUUAUGUAAACAACGAAUACGACUCAGAGGAGCUCACCGCGGAGCCACCUGCCAAGCCUAUUAUUGAGCGUAUCCGUCGGAAUAUCCUAGCGGAGAAGCCAAGGGUAACCCGAUUUGCCAUCAAAUGGGACUCGGACGAAUCCGCUCCAGCUGAAUAUCCACCAGACCAGCCGGAAGCGGACAACUUGGAGGAUGAUGGUGCUGCCUACGGUGCGGAAGAGGUCGAACUCGAAGCCGCUCUAAUGAAAGAGCUUGCCGAUGUCGAAAAGCAAGAGCCCAUCAAGGGUGAGGAUCAUGACAUGGAGAGCACUGAGCCGCCUGUCAAAGACGAAGAGGAAGAAGUCUCCGACGCUGAGAGUGAGGAUAUUGAAGACGAAAGUGACGACGAUGACGAUGAUAUCGAUGAAGAAGACGGCGGAGAAGGUGAUGAGGAUGUUGAGAUGGGUGACGAUUCGGAACAGAAAGACGAGUCAGCUGACAAGACCAAUCCUGCGUCGCAGCAGCCCCAUCAGUCGGAGGUCAUGGUUCACUGA